AUGGAAUCCGCUAUUGCCAAUGUCGAUCUCGGCAAGUACCGGCGAAUCGUUCAACUGUUUUGGGACCCUGAACCAGUCAACGAUCAGCAAUUAGACCAGCCUGUGUGGUGUCUAGGCCGCGUUUAUUCUCUGUCCGCAAAGGACACACAAGAUGCGCCUAUGAAUGUUCAGCACGAAGACCAGAGCGUCCAGUCGCUUUCGAAAAAACAUGAUACUUCAUCGAAUUCGAAGGAAGAGAACUCUGCAGAACCAUUAGCAGUAGGUACGGAUACUGAGGGAACGCCUCUGGAUUCGUACUCUGGAAGCUUUUCAUCUUCUCUCGCAUAUGAGGAACCAAGUCCCGUUGGCGCUGGAUGGCCUGCGGCCUUCUUGGAUGAUUUUGCUUCGCGAUUUUGGAUGACCUACCGAUCAAACUUUGAGAUUAUCCCGAAGUCGACGGACCCUAAAGCAGCAUCAGCUUUGUCUCUGUCAAUGAGAAUAAGGAGCCAACUUGUGGACCAGAGCGGCUUCACAUCGGAUAGCGGCUGGGGAUGUAUGAUUCGUUCUGGGCAAAGCUUGCUUGCCAAUGCCAUGGCGGUUUUGGAUUUGGGAAGAGACUGGCGCCGAGGGAUGCUGCCAGAUCGUGAGCGGCGGCUCCUUGCAUUAUUUGCUGAUGAUCCUCGAGCACCAUAUUCCAUUCACAAUUUUGUACGACACGGAGAAAAAUACUGCAGUAAAUACCCAGGCGAGUGGUUUGGUCCUUCCGCUACUGCUCGUUGUAUCCAGUAA